UUCCAAACAAAUUAUGGCUAUAAAUAUUUAAAAUAUCAAAGAACUAAAACUUAACAUGAUGUAACGUCGUUUUGUAAUGGAUGACGAAGGACCCAUUAUGGUUGCACACACAGACAACUGGCAUGUGAAAGUCAUGUGAAAUGGAUUGGACAACAUAGCUAAGGCCAGGAUGAUAGCUUCCAUAUUGCAUUUUUAAACCACUACCCAGUGGACUGGUAUCUGUGCAACUAAACAACACAAUGACAGCCCGUACUGCAGAGGUGCUGCUCGGGUGGGCCCUGCGGAUAUGCAACCACCGACGUCCAUGGCAACACCGUGGCCCUCAGAUGUUGAUGAUAGAGAGCUUUGACAGAGGACUGUCUCAUAUCUGGAGCACAGGACCAAGUCAUAGACCGUUGGCUGGACUAGCUGUAUACAAAGUGAGGUAUUAUUCUCAGGGUAAAACAUAUGGGCAGGACGUGGUCGAAAGAAAGCAAGGCAACUCCAUACAGACUCAGAGCUCUGGAACCUGGUCUUCACCAAGUCGGACAUCCCCGGACCAGCCAGCCAAAAGGGUGCCGUUUUACGACCAGCUGAGAGAGUGCGGUUCCCCCUCGGAUGUGCUCGACCUGGCCGGCCAGUACACAGCCACACACCGGCGGGUGAGCAACUGCCUGACGCGCUGCUGGGAGUCCACCAAGAAGAUGUCAGAGGAGCAGCGACGCUACGAACUGCGCAUUAUGUUCGAGCACGCUGGCUUCGAGGAGCUCCUCCAGAGGACCAUGCAGGACGCGCGGCACAUGCGCAGCGAGGACCUAGCCUACAGCCUGCUGGCCACAGUCAAGCUGGGCGUGUCGCAGAGCAGCCGCGUGGUCCAGACCCUCCUCCGAGUCUGCCAGGAGAACCUCAAUGAGUUUGAUGAGAAGUCCCUGUCAGUGCUGGCUUCCUGUCUGGAACACCUGGAGAGCAGCCCCAAUGGGGACGCACUGAAGGAGGGAGUCAGGCUAAUGAUCGAGGCUCUACUGCCGAGGAUCCAGAACGUCAUGUCCCUUCAGACCUUGAUGCGCCACAUGGGCCGGGACACCCCGGUGGACAUCAAGAAAAAACUGGAGAGAAAGGCCCUGUCAUUAGCAGACCAGUUCACUCUUCCGAACUCCCAGUAUAUGAUCACUACGCUGGCCUCUAUGGGCUUCUGCUCCAAGCCACUGUUGGCCGUCUGCAGCAGGAAGAUUGCAGAGCACGUCCACGGAGUCCCCUUCCACCGCCUGGUGAGUGUGCUGAGGGCCUAUAAGGAGCUGCACUCCAGAGACGUGGCCCUGUUCACCGCCAUCUCUGACUACGUGGCCUCCAGCAUCACCAUGUGGAACAACAAACAGUUGAUUCUCUUCCUGUCUGCGUUUGAGGAUCUAGCUUUCUGCCCCACGGCCAUGUUGGACGCCUUCGCAGAGAGAGUGACUAAGAACCCGGACGCCCUGGGGCUCAAAGACGUCCUCAGCGUUUUGAAGACCUACUCGUCCCUAAACCACAACCUACAGAGCUACAGAGAGCCGUUCCUGGAGGGCGUGACCCACGUGGUGGUGUCCUACCUUCCCAAGAUGGCUGCCUCCGAGCUGCUGAAGGUGGUCUACUGCCUGUGUCUGCUGGGCCACUUUCCUGCCGCCCCACUGGAACAGCUGCUGCAGAAGGAGACACUGGAGGAGAUCAGUGCCAGAGGUGGGCGGCUACAGAAGGGGAUGGAAAAAAAGCUGCAGAUAGUGGACCUGUGCCUCAGGCUGGACCGACCUUCUCUCCCUAAGCCCUUGACCAUCCCUCCCGAGGCUCUGGGCUCUCCAGCCCCUAAUGACCUGUCCAUUAACCCAGGGCUGUCUAUGACCCUGCAGAGCAUCGCCCAGGAAGGGCUGCUACAGGAGGGUGUGAUGGUUGAAGACCUAUACUUCAUAGAUGGUGUGAUAACCCAACCCAGAUCUCUACAAGAAGCCACAGGAGGGAGGGCACCAUCUGAGGGCGAGUUUCCGCCACCUGAGCACAGUCAAAGAAUUGCAGUAUUCUGCGCAUCCCUGUCCUCUUUCUGUUAUGGUACCUCCCGUCCCCGUGGAAACCUGGCUAUCAAGUUGCGUCAUCUGACGGUCCUAGGAUACACCCCAGUCGUGGUGUUGGAGCACGAGCUGGACAAUCUGUCCGAAGAGGAGAGAACAGAGCUCCUCAAAACACGGAUCUUUCCAGAACAGGAGAGACCUGCUAACGUCGAACAGAUGACAGACUGACGGACACAGAGAGAGCGGGAACAUGGCUCGUUCAGUCAAGAAAACCCCGACCUGGUUCUGUGGUCAGUCUGGUCACGAUCCUGUUCCGGUCCUGUCAUUCGUUACACAGGAACUGCUGGUAUACUGAAUUGACUACAUGAAGACUUGUCGAAAAUAUCUGUGUGCGAGUGUCUGGACUUAACAGUUCACUGCGUAAUGUCUCACUAUUUAACUAGAAAGUAAAUGGGAACAAACUCCCAUCUGUCAUUGCUCCUCAUAUUUUUGAGGGAAUCUGUGUUGGAGCGUAAGUGUUCCAGUUUAUGUUUAAGUAAGUUCAAUCCUGUUGAAGUAACUUAAAGUUAAGUAACACAACUUUAAGCAUCUUAAUACCUCUCAUGGGUUAUUCCUAAAUAGUCUAAGUUCAUAUCCUCGCCUCCUCUCCUUCAUCUGCACUGACCUGAAGGAACUGACCAGCCUGACCAGAGGAAGGAAAGGGGACGAGGAGAAGAAGCUACUGUAGACUAUUGAGACAGAGAGCCAUGUUUCUACUGGGUUUGUGUGUCUCAUUUAGAAUACGUCACUUGAGGUGACUGUGGAUUUGCCAAAAGUGAGGCCCAAUCCUAAAUGGACCCCUAGACCCUGUGCACUUGUGGAGAUCGGAUAUGAUUUGAUGGGUUUAAGCAAUACGGUGAAACUUCAACCUAGCCUAACAGAGGGCCAGUUGGAAUUAAUUGCUUAUACCCGUUAAAUCCUCUUACAUCUCCGGAAGUGCAUAGGGUGAGUGUCUAGGGGUUGAUUUGGGAUUGGACCUGAAAUUGUUCAGAUUGAUGCCAUGUCAUUGAAAUGUGUUGAGUAGAGGUGGUUAUGGGAACUGAUGUUGUAACAACGAAAGGGUUUAUAAUCACGACUGUCACUUAUGCUGAAAA